AUUCGACGUCCGGGACGCUAUGAACGGUUUCGUCAGCGAGAGCACGACGGCAGCAGUAGUUCUUCUUCUAUUGUUCCACCUGCGCUUCAUCUCAGCAUUCGCUAGGGGUAAGCUCCCUAUCUCGAACGGAGCUCCGAAGUUGCGAUCGGGGCAAGCCAUGAGUAACAUGUGCGCAGCCGUGUCUAUGCCCAUCUUCGAUGCGCAGGGAGUGCCUGAAGUGUUUCUACAGUCGAUCAGGGAGGAACCAUGGCGUGGAGCCCUCCGGCCUUGCAUAGACCACCCCUUGACUGAGAUCGAGGUGACGGGCGAGGUGCCGAGGACCCUGGAAGGCACGCUUUUCCGUAACGGCAAGUACAUCAUCUUUGAACUCAUAUGUUCAAGGCAAAUGAUCGAUGGCCCUGCGAGGAAUUGGGACGGUGAGCGGAUGUAUGGUCAUUGGUUCGAUGGAGACGGAAUGAUUAGUAAGGUGGUGUUCAAGGACGGCCGAGUGUACGCACAAAACCGGUUCGUCUCUACAGAUUCUUGGGACCCCAACGCACCCGAAGGAGAGAGGGCCGCCGGAACUAGGAGGCCAUGGACACCGCGGCCAGGCGGGUGGCGGAAGAACAUCUUCAAGCAAACGGGCAAUCUCGCCAACACCAACGUGAUGGUUAAGGGCGGGAAGUUGUACGCGCUGUACGAGGGCGGCAAGCCGACGGAGAUUGAUCCGGUGACGCUAGAGACGCUCGGAGAGCGCGACCUCGGCGGAAUUCAGGCGUUUUACUCCGCACAUCCGACAACGGACAGAGAUACCGGGGAGACGUUCAACAUUGGAAUGGGAGGGGCGAAGGGGGCGUUGGAGAUCACGAAACUCUCCCCUGACGGUGUCCUGCAGAAGAGCGCGACGUACACACCGCCUGCGUCGCUUUUCUGGCAUGACAAUACGAUCACCGAUGAAUUCGUGGUGGCAGUGAGCUCGCCAUUCACCGCAUCGCUCAAGUCAAUCUUCGGAUCUAUGCUUGGGUUCGGGCAGAUUGGGGACGCGUUUAGAUGGGACGACAACAUGAAGUCAGAGGUGCCUACGUUGAGGGUUGACUUGUUCCAUGUCGUCACGGCGUGUGAUUCGUUGCGCACGCUCAACUGUUUUUUUAUUGAAGUUUUUAUACCUGACCUCCCUGCCCGCUCUCCCCCCGCUCCCUCUCGAAACCUAGUUGCGCCCCCCGACGGUGUUUCUGAACAUUACCAGGCGUUUUUCUUUUCGAGGGAGACAUUGGAGUUGGUCAAGAGAGUUGAACUCCCUGGCGCGCCGUCGUCGUACCACAUCGUGAACGGCUUCCAAGAGGAGGGUAAAGGGAGCAACGUAUCCGUCAUCAUCGCCAAGCACCGCGACGGCGGGGGCCGAGAAAAGAUCGAGACUAUCUUCAGAAACCUCAUGACGACCAGGCAAGGGAACGAGAGGGGCGGGUCGGAGGAAGAGCGGCAUCUAAAAGGAAUUGCCCAACGCCGCCACCUAUGCGUGAGCGUAUGCAUAGCCGGGGGAGUGUCGCGAGUUGGGUGGCGGGAUCGACGCCGAGCAUACAUUUGGUUCUCGGAAGACGUGUUGUGCGACGCGUACAAGUACGAGAUAGAUGUGGAGGCCGGGGAGGUGGUUUCCCACGGCCCCGCUGCUUCGAUGCAAGGAGCGUUGGCGAUGGAGCUACCCACGAUGGAUCUCCGAUACGUGGGCAAGCCAAGCCGGAUCGUGUUCACGAACGCCUUGCUUGGUGACGCCGGAUUCCCGAACAGCGUUCAGCGUGUUGAUCUGAGUGGGAAAAGCGGCGAGGCGUGGACGACACACGACUUCGGAGAGUCUCGGUACGCAGGAGAGCCGGUCUUUGUGCCUAGCUCGAAAGAUGCUCAAGAAGGGGAGGGGUACCUCAUCGUGCUCGUGUACAACACGAAGACGCACACCACCGAUGUCGAAGUUUUGGACGCCCAAAAGGUAGAAUCGCCUCCUCUUUGCACGGCACGCAUCCCGUGGCACAUGGGCGCCAGCUUUCACGGCGCUUUUACGCCGACGGCGCAUCUCUAGCCGAUCGUCGAUGCUUGCAGAAACCGGGUUGUCGUCCUUCUCGCUAUUUCGAAAUGAAUUUUUCGAGUUUCCCCGAAAAGUGACGUCAGGACCGUGGCUGACGUCAUCGGUCGACCGUGGUUUUUUCGACCACAGGAAAUUUCCCCGCAAAAAAAUCUGACCAAUCAGAAAACUGCGGGCACCUUUUCUCUCUCUCUCGUUGGUUGUAGAGUAGUCUUCUUCAAUCAGAGUUUUACACCAAGGUUUUUGUCUUUUGCUUCUUUUUGCUGUGGCUCUGUCCCGACGAAAGCCCGUGGUGUGGUUGCGGUGCCUGUACAUCACGAAAUGUCUGUGCUGAGCCGCCGGCAGCCUGCCGAAGCAUCGCCUGCAUCACGUCUCGAGCAAUAUCGUUGGGCGAACUCUCUUUAUACCCGUGCAAACUUUGGUCGAGUGGAUUGUUGUUUGAGCGCUAAAAAACCUCAGACAUCUGCACGCCCACUUGAGAGGUAUACUGACUGGUUGGUGACGUCACAGCUAGCUGCGGCUCAAGGUGCUGCUUAGCCCCGUUGGUAUUCUGGUCUCUCUUUGCUGGGGCAAGAAGCUAACAACGGUUUGGUGCAGAGAAGCACGCGGUGUGCAGCGUGGGUGAAACAGUUUGGGUUGUGAACUCAAGUGGGUGGUGAGCUAUCUUUAGUGCUGAUCGAUGCCGUGGUGCGGCAAACGUCAGCCUUCUGCUUUCGCGACGCGUUGGACGCACCACACGGGAUUGCGCAGGAGGAACUAUUGUCGUUGCACUUUCGUUGGUGAGCGACACGUAUGCACGACGUUCGUGUCCACAACUGCUGCAGCUGAACAGGCACAUGCGUACGGUGAUAUCGAUGUCCAUUACUCAGCAAUAGUGUUGGUGUUGAUCGGUGUCGCUUCUCUCGUACACAGCGCUUCGCGUUCACAAUAUUAAACGAUCCCGCGUGUUUUGGGCGUGGAAUUUCCGAUUAACAAAAGAAUCGCGAGUAACGUCUAUCUAGCCCCCGAAAUUGUACAGAUCCACGCCCGACCCAGGAGACGCGCCAGCCACCCCCGGCGGCGCUCGAUCUACGUCCUCUCCUCCUUUCCAAAGCAUGGAGUCGAGAACCGAAGGAUGGUCGGGGGAGUCUCUUACCGCCGCCCCUCCCUCAGCGGGGUCGCCUCGCUCUCCUCUCCUUGCCUUGCUCUUCGGUCUUGUCCGCUCUUUUCUCCCGCUGCCGCCGCCACCGCUACUUCGUGUGGGCUGGUGUUCGCCAUUUCCGCUUCCCCAGUCUAUCUUUGCUCCGUGGUCCUCCUGGCUGCCCAAUCCUGCUUCCUCCCCUACCGACGGUCUUGUUUUAUUUCUUCGCGACUUCGCCCGCACCCUGUCUACGCCUCCAGAGUCGAUCGCUUCGCCACCCCCGCCGCCGAAGCUGUGGAUAGAUUCGGCG